GCCAUCGCGCUGAAAAUGUCGGCUUCAGAUAUAAUGUUUUAUACGGGUGUCUCGAAGACCGUGUUUCUAAGUCUCGCGGAGGCCGUCUGUAAAAUGACCACCACCAACUCUCAGUUGUCCGCAGAAGACCAGCUUCUGAUAACACUCAUGAGAUUGCGCCUAGGCCUCCUUUAUGGGGACCUAGCUAGGAGGUUUGAGACCUCGGUCACUAGAAUUUGUGACAUUGUGAAAAGAAUGCUUCGGAUCCUAAAGAAGAUCAUGAGCUAUGUUGUUUUCUGGCUGCCACGGUCACGCAUAGAAAACAGUAUGCCUGCCUCUUUUGUUGAAGGCGGUUACGGCAGGACUACCUGCAUCUUUGAUUGCACGGAAGUCAUUCUGCAGAGGCCUAAGAAGCUCAUGGCUCGAGCACAGACAUUCAGCUCUUACAAGGCAAACAACACGGUCAAAUUUCUUACAGUUAUCGCCCCCAAUGGCUUCAUUAUGUAUGUGUCAGAUGUGUAUGGUGGGAGGGCUUCCGAUAAAUACAUUGUGCGGCACUGCGGGGUCGAGGACCACUUCCAGCGUGGCGAUGAGAUUAUGGCUGAUCGUGGGUUUACUUUGGAUGCCCACCUGGAGCUUCAAGGGGUGAAGUUGAACAUGCCGGCGUUCACAAAGGGGAAAUCCCAGCUCUCCGAGCUCGAUGUGACUCGAACGAGAAGAAUCGCCUCAUUACGGAUACAAGUUGAGAGAGCGAUUAAUCGCAUUAAAACGUACCGUAUCUUCAAGUCAGCGUUAACCAUAACGUCGAGGAGAACCAUCAGUGACAUGGUCUUCAUCUGCGCAGGACUGUGCAAUCUGAAGGCACCUCUGAUUGCAACGCAAGAAACAGCGGCAAGUGCCAGCGUUGAUGUGUAGACACUGACUCUGUAGACACUGAAUUCUCGAGCUUGUUUUCUACAUGUUCCGUUCUAAUGUAUUGGGUCUGAUCAAGAAAAUGAAACCCGGUUUUUGGCGUGCAUAGACAAAUUAUUUGUCGCCAAAAGAUGAAACUGGGAAUGUCAGGCUAGCAGUGGUGAGAGAAUGUGAAAGUUCGACAACUUGAAGUUACCUGGAUCAUCCAAAUACUCGGGGCAAACGAAAAAAAAUGGUAUUCUAGAUGUAUCUAAUGCUCCGGUGGGAAAAAUUUGUGAGUAAGAAAUGCAGUAUUGUUUUUUUUUUUUUUUUUGAGACCAUACUUCUAGCACAGAAUGUGGUUUAUGGGUUGUUUACAAUAGGAAACUAGAUAUGAACAAGCGUCGUAACGACCGACAUGUUCGUUAAAGUUGUGUAUAAAAUCAACAUAGCCCCAGCAGGGAUAGAAUCUAGGUCGACUGCAGCUGCUCUCAGUAGACAAAUUCGGAUAGCAAAUUCUGUCAUUGGCUAUUGUUUGUUAUUUGUUUUUAAAAUAAACACCACAGGCAUUUAGUGGCAUUUGUUCUGUUCUACAUGCAUUACGCUGAGGUAGUCGUCUAUUUAUAGAGAAAUUUCGUGUUUCCAUUUUUCGAUUCUGGUAACAUAUUCUCCAGCUUUUGCAUUCUGCCACUACAGCUAGUGUCGCAUUCUCAUGCAGUUUCCAGUACCUAUGCGGCUCAAGACAGGUUUUAUUUCCUUGGACAGACUUGGUAGUGUGGUUUAUGAUCAUUGCUCUAUCCGUGUUUCCUUUGUGUGCCUCACAUCGCUGAUGUUGAGUACAAUUUUUGUAGGUGUGUUUGUUUUGAUCUCUUGUCUGCAGGAUGGAAGUUUUUUGUUUAUUUUCUUGCUCACUUAAUUGGGGAGUGGAACAAUUUUCAAACUUCAGAACAAAAACCUUUCAUUGCUUAAGUGCACUAGAUAUUUUUUUAACAAUAGUGGGUUUACACAAUUGCACGACAUACGUCACAGCAACAGGAGCUCAGCAAUCACGUAAUUCGCCAACACUGUGACAUCAUUGUCGUUUCUGCACUGCCUCCUGAGCACAGUUCCGAGAAUUUUUACACCACUUCCGCUCUCAAUUCCACUCCCGUGCCGUAACUAAAAGUCAUUUUCUUUGGACCCGCUACAAACUUUCCAAGGUCUAGCCAUACAACGUGCAAGUUCGUCUGCUCGGAUGGUCGUGUGCAUGCUCCGGAAAAAGUGGGGUUUCUGUUACAUCCACCCUCAGAGUGAGAACGGUAAGGCAUGUCUUUCAAAUGCCUGGCCCUCAACUAGUGUUUGUGGUUUUGAUCACGUGGUCGUUGCUUUUUGAUGCAUUCACUAGCUGUGCAUUUGCUCGAGGCACUGUGAAGUUUUGAGCAGGAUGUCAACGUUAUUCCCCCAGCAGGAUCUCGCUAAGAGCUGUUGCUGUAAAAAUAAUACAAAUUGAAGUUCAUGGUAUCUUUCAACUGUUACACUGUCUACUGAGUCACUGUGUUCUCAAGCAUGCUCGUGACCUUCCUUUUUUCAUCGGUGGGAAGAGGACCUUUCGCCUCAGAUAGGAACACUUUUCAAACUUUGGUUCGAUCGCCUUGGAACAUUAUAGCCAGUCGGCAUCGGUAAUGGUCGUGGCAGGUAGCCAAUCUUGGAUGAGUGAAAAAACAUAAGUAUGGACAUCCGUUUUUGCUCGCUUGUCAUGAAAGCAUCGGAAGGGGAUAAUUUGGUUGACUUCAGGUGAAUGGCACGCUUACACACGCAACUUGCUCAUUCACUGUGGCGUAGCUCGUGGUAACUUCGGGCCAUUUUUCUCAUGGCUGCCACAUGCUGCUGCAAGUUGGGAAAUAAUCUGGCUUUUGCUUCGCGAGAACAUGAAAAAUCACAAUAUUUUAGGGAAAGUCUGCAUUUACUUUUACUUACGUUGAUACAAACAAAAUAUAAGUGAUAUGCUUCAUGUUUGUGUAGUAAAUUGUUUCACCUCCCCUUUAGAUUGAAAGUGUUAGUAUUCUUAUUUGAUGCAAAGGAUAAAACUUGGCUUAUGGACUUAGUCUAGCAAAAAAGUAGGUUUUUCACAUGCCUCGUUUUACUCAUGCCAAUUAUUUCACCUCUUUCGUUGUGAUAUGUGUACUAGCGUAAACAAAAAUAACAUAUUAAUAAAUAAAAGAUCCUGCUUAGCCGAGGAUAAUCUUAAAAUGUUAACCAGUUUAAAGAGAUGCUGAACUGAAAUCUGGAUUCCACAAAACACGGCGGCAAAAGCGUUCAGCGGGAUGCUACAAACACCAAAACAUCACUCGUACAGCGAUAUCUCGAAGGGAUGACCGUAUUUCUCAGGAAAAGGAGGCGCAUUGGACAGAUGUGCUUACGUCUCGUUUCUCCGAGGAGGAGAAGGAACAGCCUCACGUCUUCUCCGCCUCGUCGCCUUGAGGGGGCGAAGUGAGAAGAGGAGGAAACGAGACAUCUUGACAUCACGCGCAUUGUCCAAUCUCGACCUUUUUCCAAAAAUGCGGCCGUCCAUUCGGGAUAUCAUUUUACGAGUAGUGUUGUAGGGAUCGUAGUCUCCCGCCUACAGCUCCUGCAAUGUUUUCUGAUAUCAAAAUUUCGGUUCACCAUCCCUUCAAGUGCAGUUUCAAGAUUGGUUUGGAACC